GGCAACAUUAACGCCAUAAACGCAGUUCAGGACCGGCAGAGUGGAGAACCGGGGCUCUGAGGCUUCGGAGCGAGCCCGGCACUUGUGGCCGGCAAGGCACUCCUUCAACUAAGGCCAAGCUUUGCGCUGCCUGUUGGUCCUCAACCAUGAUGCCCAAGACCCAUUCCUCUUUGUCCCCUGUGAACGUGAACGUGACCGAUGACAGAACCAGCCUGGAGUACUUGAACAACAGUUCUUCAUCGAUUAUUGACGACAAAAAGAAAAAGGCAAAAAAAGGCAAAGGGCAUUCGAGCACUCUUGACCCCUCAACUAACCCUUUCCACGUGUCAGGGGAUGUGGAUUUCUUCUUGCUCAGAGAGCAGGAGCGGAAUAAAGCUAUUGCUGAACGCGAACAGAAGAAGAUGCUACGGGUCCAUCAGAAGAUGACAUACUCAUCCAAGGUUUCAGCCAAGCAGACUAGCUUGCGCCGAGAGCUGCAGCUGGAAGAGGAGACAGAGGAUCAGGAGCUGAUCGCUGAGACCUGGCAGCUGCACACCUUCCGAAACAACACUGCCUGGAAGCUGGACAUGACCCGAGAAAAGAACAUGGAACCAGAAACAUUAAACGGCUACAUGGAGCAAAAGCGGAGCAUGUUUCUUCUCCAGUACGCCCUAGAGAUGAAGCGCAGUGAGAUCCAGCGGCUGGAAAUGCUGGCAAUCCGUGAAGAGGCCAGGCUGCAGCGGGCUGAGAAGUUCCUAGAGAAAGACGCGUCCUUGUUUGAUGAAUUCCUCAGGGAGAAUGAUCGAAGCUCUGUGCAGGCCAUGAGACUGGCUGAGAAGGAGACAAAGGCCAAGAUGGAGAAGAUUGUGGAGAUCAGGCACCUUACAGCCCAGAUCAUGAACAUCAAAAGUGAAAUCUCCAAAAUCGAAGACACUUUACAGCAUUACAAGAUUUACAAGGACUUCCUGUACAAGCUGUCACCCAAGGAGUGGUUGGAAGAGCAGGAGAAGAAAAGCUUAGCUCUCAGAAAGGUCAAGGAGUCUGUGGAGACUGCCAAGGACAGCAGCACACCCACCUUACUAGGGGACAGAGGAUCUGGCACCAAGAGCAAGACAGCCUUGCUAUGGAAAGAGGUUCAGAAUUUGAAGAAACCCUCGAAGCUUAUGCAGGGGCGGCUGGGGCAGGUCCUGUCCAGCACUCUCAGCCUUCCACAGGUCGGUUACCAAAGUCAGCCCAGCCUGCACAGUGAGAUGGACACCAGACUGUCCAACUCUCCAGUACUGCCACAAGACAACACUGACAGCGAUGGGGAGGAGCAGGCGCUAUACUUCACAGAGCCCCAACAGCUCCUGGACGAAUUCAUGAAACUGGAAGAACAGAAUCUGUCGCUGAUCCAGAACACGCAGGAGAUGGAGGAGACCUUGGAUGAUCUGAACACCACUCUGAAAAACACCCAGAUCCGAAUGGACCGGGAGAUCAACCAGAUGAAUCAGUGGAUUACCACAAUGUUGUUGUCCAUCGAGAAGGAGGAAGAGUUGUCGGCUGAGUUGCAGCUCAAAGCCCGUGUCUUCCACUUUGGGGAGUAUAAGGGUGAUCAGCAGGACAAGCUACUGGAAAGCCUGAACCAUAAGGUGCUGGAUGUGUACCGAAACUGUGUGGGUAAGCAGCAGGAGGCCAACCUGGGUACAGUGCAGAUGCUGACUGUGGUGGAACACCUGCUGGAUGAGCUGCUGGAGAACCUGGAGCAUGUGCCCCCGGCCAGAAUUGAGCAGGCCGAGAAGGCCAAGGAGCGGGAACGGCGCAUAAGGAUUCGGGAAGAAAAGGUGAGGGAGCAGAAGCAGCUUCAGGAGGAACGGCUGCAGCGGGCCAGAGCCCGAGCCCAGGCUGAGAUCAAAAAGAAGAGAGGCAGAAGGCUGGUGUGUCGCUCCCAACCCCCCAUCAUCAGAGUGAAGGAUGAGUCUGACCACACGCUGAUGGACAAGGACAGGGAAGAGAUGCUGUUCUUCUUCACUUAG